AUGACCACCCCCGGAGGUCCUCCGAGCGGCUCCUCUGCUCUUGUAAGCCUCCCUCCUCCCCUCACGGGCCCUCCAUCGGCAUCCAAUCCCUCUUCAACUGCCGCACAACUAGCAGCUGCCCCAGCAGCAGCAGGAGAAGCAACACCAACUGCAGAGCCAGCACCGCCAGCGUCAGCAGCAGCGCCAGCGCCAGCAACAGCAGCAGCAGGAGCAACAGCAACAGGAGCAGCAGCAGCAGCAGCAGCAGCAGCAGCAGGAGCAGCAGCAGCAACAGGAGCAGCAGGAGCAGGAGCAGGAGCAGCAGCAGCAGCAGCAACAGGAGGUGGGAGCGGCAGCGGUUCCAUCACCAUCCCGCACAUCCCCGCGCCGUCCUUCUCCUCCUCUCUCCCACCCUCGCUCCUCACGGACCUGGAAGGCAUCCCGCCCUGCUCCUGCUUCACCAACUCCGUCUCCGCGCAGUUCAACCCGCACGUGCACGCCAUCCGCUACACGGGCGUGCGCAGCCGCGGCAGCAACCGUUGGAUCGCGGAGAUCAAGGACAACCAGCGCGGCGUGCGCAAGUGGCUGGGAACCUUCUCCUGCCCCGUGCAGGCCGCGCACGCCUUCGACGCCGCCGCCAGGGCCGUGCGGGGACCCAACGCGCGGACGAACUUCCGCGUGGGGGAAACCGCGGGCGUGCCUGGAACCGGGGGGAGCAGGUCGAGGCGGUGGAAGAAAGUCGCUGCUGACAGUAAGGCCGCUGCUCUGGCUGCUGCGGCUGCUCUGGAGGCAGAGGCUCAGAAGGGGGGGUCGGAGGGUGGUGGGGUGGGCGUGGGAGAGGAGAGUGCUGCGGUGUUUGCUGCUGCAAGUCCUGGCGUUGCUGCUGGUGCCUGGUCUCUGGGUGCUGCAGGGGGGAAUACGUCCUCAGGAAUGGCAUCCCAAGGCAACGCUGCCAAUGCGUCCCAUCAUGGCAUUGCCAUUGCCGCAUCACAAGACCAUGCGUCAGAGUCUCCACCGGAGUUGCCCCGAGAGCGAUGGGCGUUUGACUUGGAGGCCGUCCCAUCCCGUGAUGAGGGCGAAGAGGACGCAGCAGUGGCGGCGGCGGUGGGGGAAGGAGAAAGAGAUUGCAGUAUGGACAAAGGGCUUGGCACUUGUACUACUGCGCAGCAAACCCAAGUUCCACGCGCACGGGCUGUCAAGCACAGCGCCAUCACAGCUCCCUUCCAUCUACAUCAUGGCGCAUCGCCUCACACCCAAGCAUCACCUCUCUCCCACCCAUCACCGCUACCCCACCCAUCACCUCUCUCCCACCCAUCACCGCUACCCCACCCAUCACCUCUCUCCCACCCAUCACCGCUACCCCACCCAUCACCUCUCUCCCACCCAUCACCGCUACCCCACCCAUCACCUCUCUCCCACCCAUCACCGCUACCCCACCCAUCACCUCUCUCCCACCCAUCACCGCUACCCCACCCAUCACCUUUCUCCCACCCGUCACAUCACUCCCAUCCAUCACCGCUACCCCACUCAUCGUCUCACCAGCAACGUCUCAGCUUUGACAUGUCCUUUAAGCAAGCCCGCAUGGACCCCUCCACGCCUGGGCCUCAUCCUGCUGCCCCUGCUGCUUCUCCUGUUGCUCCUGUUGCUCUUCCUCUUACUUCUCCUGCACCUGCUGCACCUGCUGCUGCUGUUUCUGCCGCUCCUCCUGCUGCUGCUGCUGCUGCGACGCUCCGGGGCGUUCUGUCCCACCAGGUGACUCUAGAACCACCUGAAAACGCCCCCCCCACCACGAUUCGAGCGAUUCUCGGCCACAUGCUCUGUGCGCGGGGGUCUGGUGCGGUGGGUGCAGCAGGUACAGCAGAUGGAGCAGGAGUUGCAGGGGGAGCAGGAAGAGCAGGAGCAGUAGGGGCAGCAGGAGCAGCAGGUGCACCAGCAGGAGCAGCUGUGGGAGCAGCAGCGGGAGCAGCAGCCGGAACAGCAGCGGGAGCGGCUGUGGUUGCAGCAGCAGGAGCAACAGCGGGAGCAACAGCGGGAGCAGCGUGGUCCUCUUAUAGCCGUGGUGGGCACGAGCAGCGCGAGGGUGGGGCCGGCGUCCCUCACUACUCCCCUCACAUCUUCCCUCACCAAUCGCACCAACGCCAGGCCAUCCUGCAUGCACACCAGCAGGGUGCCGCCGCCAGCAACAUCUCUCACGCCCUCCCCUCCCCACACAGCCUAAGCCUCAGCCUCCCCCCACCGCACGGCAGCACUUCCACGUGGCAGCAGACGCUUGCACGCUCGGAGCAGCAGCAGCAGCAGCAGCAGCAGCAGCAGCAGCAGCAGCAGCAGCAGCAGCAGCAGCAGCAGCAGCAGCAGCAGGAGCCCCAUUCGAGCCAGCCCCAGGGCACAGGAGGCGGGGAUUCAGCAGGUGGUGUGGCAGGCAGAGCGAGAGGCACGGCGCGGAUAAGGCUGGCUUCAACAAGGGCAGCAACCUCCAAGGGCAGCAGUGGCGGUAUGGUGCAACAGGGGGGCAGCGCGGCCAACACUGGCAUGGCGCGGCCAUCCAGCAAGGGCAGUGCUGGUGCCGCAGCUUCGGCAACCCCCAAGGGCAGCAGUGCUGGUGCCGUGUGUGCGUCCCUUUGGGCUCCCUCACUGCCUGCCACUCGCGCCUCUCUCGCAUGCCUUUCCACCUGUGCCCCGACUGCCACACCUCACUACGAAGUAGCCUCACCAGCAGCACCAGCAGCACCAGUAGCAUCAGCUCCGGAGGCUGGGGCAGGCGAGGCGGAGGUGGCGGUGGUGGGUGCGGUGGGCGCACUGGGAGCAGCGGGAGCAGCGGGGCUGCACUCACAGCUCUCUGCAGCAGCCGCAGCAGCAGCGGCCGCUGCAGGGCUGCGCUCGCAUGAGCUCUUGCAGCUGUCUUCAAUGUGGGGAGCCGAUCGCCCUUCUGCAGAGAAGAACACGGGAUGGCUGCACGCCUUGGCCUCCAGUAGUUGGAUGGGAGGGGGUCAGGAGGCCGGCACGGCAGGGAUGGGGGGAACUGGGGAGCGGGCGGGUGAUAGGUCUGGGGGGUGUGAUUCUUCUCCUGGGCGUGGCUUGGUGAGAAGAGAGUGUGGGGUGGAAGGAGGAGUGGCAGGUGUGAUUUCUGGAGCGAUUGGACUUGCUGGAGGGGUGGCUAGUCGGGGAGGGGGCAUGGGGGCAGAGAUGGUGGCUGCUGCUGCGCUGUCUGCUAUUCUGCAGCAGGCCAUGCAGGGGGGAAGAGGCGAAGGAGCAGCAGCAGCAGCAACAGCAAUGGGAGCAGCAGCUUCAGGGGCGGCAGCGGAGACAGGAGCAGCGGAAACAGCAGCAGCAGCAACAGCAGUGGGAUCAGCAACAGCAGCAGCAGCAGCAGCAGCAGCAGCAGCAGUGGGGGCAGCAACAACGGCAGCAGCAACAGCAGCAGCAGCAGCAGCAGCAGCAGCAGCAGCAGCAGCAGCAGCAGCAGCAGCAGCAGCAGCAGCAGCAGCAGCAGCAGCAGCAGCAGCAGCAGCAGCAGCAGCAGCAGCAGCAGCAGCAGCAGCAGCAGCAGCAGCAGCAGCAGCAGCAGCAGCAGCAGCAGCAGCAGCAGCAGCAGCAGCAGCAGCAGCAGCAGCAGCAGCAGCAGCAGCAGCAGCAGCAGCAGCAGCAGCAGCAGCAGCAGCAGCAGCAGCAGCAGCAGCAGCAGCAGCAGCAGCAGCAGCAGCAGCAGCAGCAGCAGCAGUGGGAGGAGCACUUGUGGGUGCUGUGCCGGGGUUCCUCCCGUCUCCUGCCGCUGGCCGGCAAGCCGUCCCUGAUAUUCAUUUGUCUCUGGCGCCUGGUGCAGGUGACAGCAGCAGAGCAGCUAAUAGAGGGGAUGUAGUGACAAGCCCCUCGCUGCUCCUCAACCUGCCAGUGGCCCUCGGGAUCCUCGCCGCUGCUCGCUGGCUCAUGCUUGAGGUGCAGGCGCGGGCCAAUGCCAGCCUGCCACGUGUGCACUACGAGCAGGUGCACGCGCCCUUCCAGCCAAUCACGACCGCCGACGCCCUCCCGCGGCCGUCAGAGCCGGCUGGGCUGACGCUGGUGGGAUCGCCGCUGGUGGAAGCCUCCCUUGACGAGUUUGUGCGCUCCAUUAUACGGGACUUUGUGACGAACCAGUUCUAUGCGUACCUGACGCCGGACAGGGAGAUGCCGGAGGAGCUGCGCUGUGUGCUGCUGGCCGUGCUGGGGGAGGUGGCACGGCGGGCCAAGCGGGUCAACCUCGUUGCGCUGCUCACCAGGGACGUGGUGGGAGCGGUGGUGGGGGCAAUGGAGCAGUACCAGCGUGCAUGUGCGGACAUGGGCGAGGGCGAGGGCGAGUGGAGGCGGGUGGCGGCAGGGGAGAGGGAGGAGCGCCUCAAGCACACCCUGGGGGCGUCGGGCGACCUGCACCCUGCAUGCCUCUCUGUGGAGUGCGAAUACAAGGUGGGUGGGAAGCACAAGGUGGUGAGAAAGCUAGUGGCAGCACUGUUGGCGCUGGUGCUGCCAGCCAGCGACGCACAGAGCAACGUGGUGCGUUGCAUGGCUCGAGAGCUCCUCUCCUGCUGCGUGCUGCUGCCCUCCCUCAAGCAGGCCAACCCGCGGAGGCGAGUCCCUCGCAGCCGCAGCAGGCGCAUGCGGGCCACAGGGUCGCCCAGUGGAGGCUCAUUCGGGGGAGGCGUAUCUGGUCCAGGUGGGACGUACGGGGCAGGUGCAUUCGGGGGAGGUGCAUCUGGUGGUAGGGGCAGCAGCAGCAGCAUGCGGCGGCGUGCUGUAUUGGGGUUGGGGGGAGACAGUGCGGGGGACGAUGACAGCCUGGCAGAGGGCACCAGUGACGGCGGUGGCGUGGUGGGCAUGGGCUUCAGCACGGAUGAGGAAGACGGCUCCCCUGAUGUUGAUAGCUCUUAUCCUGCUCGUCACGGUGGCGGUGUUGCUGCUGCUGCUGCUGCUGCUGCUGGUGCUGCUGCUGCUGCGGGUGCUGGGCCUGGUGGCAGUCGGGGUGGUGGAGGAGUAAGAGAGAAGCGCAGACCUGGUGGAGGGUCGGGAGCGGCUGAUUCGCCUCAGAUUGCGCCUCCCCAUGCCAUGCCUCCCCAGGAUAAGCCUCCCCCGGGCCGUUCCCCUGGGCUGCUGCAGCCUAUGAGUGCAUCUUCCUCAAUGGCGUCCCUGGCCCCUCAGCUCAUUGCCGCCACACCCCUUCCUCCGCACCCCUCUGGCCCCUCCGGUGGCUUUAAUGGCUCUCCUGGGUUUGGGGGGUCGGGUGGGUCGACUGCUGGUGGUGGUUCGGGAAGCCAAGGCAUGCUGAGCAGCAGCGGCGAGAAGCACGGCGGCUUUUCUUUGCGCUCCCACCAGCCCUCAAGCGAUUCGGGCUAUGCCCAGCCUGCUGCACCUGCUGCUGCUAGAGGCUUAUCUCAUCACAUUCCGCCUCCUCCCCGUGAUGCGUUUGGUCCGUUUGUCCAUCCCAAUGACGGGGCUGCUGUGGCCGCGGUUGAAGGGGCUGACGGGGUGGGGCCGCGGCGCGGGAGAAAGGCAGGGAGGGAGAGGGAGGGGGAAGGGAAGGUGUUUGGCCGGGUGAAGAGCGAGCCGUGUGAAGCGAGUGAAGUGGGUGCAGGACGUGGGAGGAGCAAGGGUGAGGAGGUCGCAAUGCGGUUACCGGGUGACGAUGCUGACUUUGUGCAGGCGUUGAAGCGGUACGAGCAGCGGCAGCUGCAGGUGCUGGAUAGCGAGCAGAUUGACAAGCUCUGGUACACCGAUGGGCACAGCAGCAAGGAGUCUAUUCGUAAUGGCUGCGAGGAGCCAGAAUGGAAGGGCGGGACGGAAGGAGGCGGUUGUAACAAGGGCGUUGGACACAGUAAGAGCUGCCAGGAGGUCUACUAUGGGGAGAGGGAGGGAGGAGUUGCGCCAGGGGAGGAGCAAGGAUUCCUUAUGGGGAUUCACAAGCAGCAGCAGCAGCAGCAGCAGCAGCAGCAGCAGCAGGCUGCUCCCCCACAGGUUGCCCCCCUGCACUCGCAUGAGGCGACGAGGAACGGCAAGCGAGAGCGAGAGAGGCCUGUGAAGGGGGAAAAUUUUUGGAGGGGUGGGUCUGUGAAGGAAGAGAGAGGGAUGACUGACCCCACGAAAGCUGCUGCUGGUACCGCAGGCAGUGGUGCUGGAAGGAGAACGAAGGAGAAGGAGCGCGAGAUGCUAUGGGAGGGUGUGUGCUCGGACGAGGAGUUAGGCGGUUUCAGGAGAACUGCUGCUGGUAACGCUGGUGCAGGUGGUGGUAACAAUGGCGGUGGUAACCGCAACGAUGGCGCAUGCAGCGGGAGGUGGAGCGAGGAGCUGGAGAUUGGGGUGGCGGUGCGCGGGCUGGGGUUUCUGGUGGAGCAGUCGCCUGGUACAAUGCAGAUGAUGCAGAGGAAGGGCGCUGGAGGAGCUGGAGAGGACGGGGAAGGAGGAGGAGGAGGAGGAGGAGGAGGAGGAGUUGGUGGUGGGGGUGGAAGAGGAGGGGUGGAUGCAGCUUGGGGAGGAGGUAGAGGGGCUUUGUCUGCUGUGAACGAGGCUGGAAGGGUGAGGCAGGGAGUGGGUUCGAGUACAGGUGGGGCGACGAAGGGGGUGUCAGGGCCGCAGCAGUCGCAGACACAAGGCGGCUGGGCGGGUGUGUGGGCCACCGGCGCGUUCUGGUCAUCAUCAUCAGCAGCAGGGGGAACAACAGCAGGAGAUGUCACAGGUGGCACAGGUGGCACAGGUACAGUGGGUAAACCACAGGUGGCCACUGCAGCUGCAGGGACUACUGCAGCGGGUGCAGCCGUAAAAGGACCAGUGGGAGCGGUCGGAGAGGCAAACUGGAGCCAAGGCGAGACGAGGCCCAGUGCAGGAUCAGCAGCAACAGGAGGAGCAGGAGCAUCAGCAGCGGGGUCUUGGCUGAGCUUCAUAGGCGCAGGGCCCAGGUCAGACCCGGGAGGCAGAGCAGCAGGUGCAGGCAGGGACACGGCUGGAGCUGCAAACACAGCUGCUGGGGGAAUGGGUCCUGAGGGGGGGAUGCGUGCACGGGUGGGGCGUGGGAGGGGGAGUUCCGUUUCAGGGGCAGGGGGUCAUGCAGGGUGUGGCUCACAGGGGGAUGCGGGUGGGCAUGAUGCGCGGUCGGUGCUAUCUGCUGCUGCUGCCACUGCUGGAUGGGUGGAGCGGAAUCUAGCCGCGUUUGGGCUGGCUGGUGCGUUUGGGAUGCGAGGUGGGGUUGGUGGGGGCACAGGUGAGAAGGGGACGGGAGGGACGAGUGGUGGAGAGGUGGGUGGAGUGGGUGGUGGUGGAAGUGGGGAUGAUAGGGUGCUGCUGGCUGAAGCAGCAGAGAGGGAUCCGUUGAGUGUGGUGCGGCAGUGGGAGGAGGAACAGGAGGUGGAGGGAGUGAGGGAGAGGCGUGAGUGGGAGAAGCAGGAGGAGCGGCAGCAGGAGCAUAAGCAGCAGGAGCAGAGGUGGCGACAGCAGCAGCAGCAAGGGGCGGUGCAGGGAUGGCAAUCGGGAUACGGGCCUGGGGAAGGGAAUUACACGGCAGGAACCUUCUUAGACUUGGAGGGCUUGGGCAUGGAAGAGGAGGAGGAGGAAGAGGAAGAAGGAGGAGGGAUGCUGCUGAGCGCGCGUGUGAAGAAGGGGCGCGGUGCGAUGCGUGCAUGGGACGGCCCUGGUAGUAGAAUCAGGGGCAGUGGCAAUGCAGUGGGGGGUGGGAUGGGGGAAGUGGGGGGAGUGGGGGGAGUAGGGGAGGAGGCGAGGGGGCAAGGGCUGCGGCCGGCAUGGUUGCUGGAGAGUGAGUGGCUACAGCAGCAGCAGCAGCGGAGGGAGGAGGAGCAGGCGCAGCUGGAGAUGCAGCAGUACCUGGGCAUGGGGCAGGGGGGUGAUAGCAGGGGGCAGGCGGGUGGGAGCAGGGGCGAGGAGGGAAGCAAGGAGAUGCGUGCGUUUGGAGAGGGCAGACAGAUGCACGCACAGAUCGUGGGGGCGUUCUCAGCGGAGGCAAGGGGCGAGGCCAUAGUGGGUUACUCCAUUGCAGUCACGGGCCUCGAUGGCUCCGCUUGGAUCGUCCGCCGCAGGUAUCGCAACUUCUGGCAGCUGCACCAGCAGCUGAAGCGGCGCAGCCCGUCAGCAAGCAGCCUGCAGCUGCCGCCCAAACGGUUCUUCCACGGCGGGCGCGACGAGGAGCUCAUUCGCGACCGCCUGCUGCAGCUGCACGCUUAUGUCAAGGGCAUCAUGGCCCGCGAGGAGCUGGCCACAUCACCAGAGGUUAUCGACUUCCUCUCCCCUGACUCCAAGCUCUCCCCCAUCGAUCUCUCUCGCCCAUUUCUCUCCCUCACCUCUCUCCGCAAUAUCUCCCCCCUUCCCUUCCCCCCAUCGCUCUCCCCCAUCUCUCUCUCCCACCCAUGUCUCUCGCCCAUCUCUCUCCCCUGUCUUUCUCCCCCAUCUCUCUUCCCCAUCUCUCUCCCCUGUCUUUCUCCCCCAUCUCUCUCCAGUGAUCUCUCCCCCCAACUCCCCCCUGUCCGCUUUUCCCCCACUGCUUCUCGUCCCUCGCUCUCCUGUCUAUUCGUCUCCGAACCCCUUGAAUGGCCAUCUCCUUUGCCUGUGAGCAUUCCUCCCCCGCUGCUGCAUGAUCUGAUUCCUUUUGCCUCCUUCCCCCUCCUUUUGUCGAUGUUGCCCUCCCUAUUACGCUCUUUUGGUGCACCUUACCAUCUCCCUUCCGUUUUCUCCACUCGCUUCCCUCCCUCCUCUCAACCCCUCUCCACCAUCCCUCCACCACCACCCCCCUCCCCCCCCUUCCCCACCGCUCCUCCUUUCUCCCGCCCUGCUCUCCUUUCCCGUUCCCCCACCCUGCCCUCCUCACUGCUUCUUCUAUUCCUUCUUGUGACAGACGAUGUGCAGUGGCAGCGCGUUAAAAGCACGUCCCAGCUGCAGCUGCUCUCCACCAUUGCUACUAACGGGGAUGACACUAGCUCUGUUGCCACUUCCCCUCACUACAGUCACCGCCCCUCCCGACCAACCAGCAGCCGCCACGUGGGGGAGGUGGGUGAGGAGGAGGCGGCUAGAAGAGCAGCGAUUGGACGACAGAGACGAGAAUUUGGCAGUGAUGGUAGUGGGAGGAGUGGGGAAGGAGGUGGUGGUGGGUGUAUAGUGGGGCUGCACGGUCGAGAGGAGUUGAGGAUGGUGAAAGGGAAGGGCCGUCCUUCUACGGUUUGGGAGGGAGUAGGGGAGUGGUCAGAGGGGAUUCGAGAAGAAGGGUGCGAGACGGGGGAUGAGGAGGAGGGCGAUGGUGGGGUAUCGGGAGAGGAGAGAGGAGAUGCUUGGGCUGGGCGGGAGAUUCGUAGUGAGGGAGGGAGGAGAGAGGCUGACGGGAGGUUGAAGAGGCGUGUGGGGCCAAGGGGUGGGAGCACGAUCGGUGGGAGUCUGGUGGAUGGAGGGAUGAGGGGUGGAGGUGAAGGGAUGGGCGGGGAGAGGGAUGCGGAUGGGGAGGACGAUGUGUUGAGCUAUGGAUCGAGACAGAGCCUUGGCGGCCUGGAGUAUGACCUUCAGCGGGCGCAGGGGGCAGGGGACGAGGAAGGAGGGGUGAAGCAGCAGAAGGUGCAGCAGCAUGGAAGCUCGUGUGAGACCUCUGAGGAUGACCUGUGUCAACAGGGUGCUGCCCGUGUGCCUGGGGAUGGGCAUGGGGAUGGUAUCAGAGGUGGGCGUGGCGAGUCAGGUUUUGUUGGGAGAGGUGAAGCUCCGGCAGGGCUGUUUGAAGCAGAUGGUGAUGGUGAGGAUGAUGGUGAUGGUGAUGAGGAGGGUGAGGGUGGGGUGGUGGUGGGAGCAGUCCCUCGACGUGGCUUGCAUGUGCCAGCAGAGCAAGGAGGAGCCGUGGAUCGAGGAACCGAGGAAAGGGAUGGUUCUGUCAGAAGGCACGAUGGGGGGAGUGCACUGGAUGCAACCGUUCCUGCUGAUUGGACUGCUGCGAAGCUGAGUGCACCACUCCUGCGCCUGGUGGAAGUGCUGCUGCACCUCGACGACCACGGCUGGAUUAGGCGGCAGGUGGUGUGGGUGGCGAGGCAGGUGUUGGAGCUGAGCAUGGGGGAUGCCAUUGAUGACUUCCUGCUCUCGCAGAUCCAGAAACUCCGCACUGAAUCCACCGUUGCCACCAUCAUUCGCUCCCUGCACCAGAGGUUGUGGCCGGAUGGUAUAUUCUACUCGCGCCACCCAAAUUAUCGGGCCUCAGUGGCAGCUUCGAGCUCCCGGACAGGCUCGUCUGCUCCUGCUGUCUCUCGUCCCGAUCCUCUUGGGCUCAACGUACCUCCUGAGUCAUUCCAGCAGCGACUGGAGGCUGCUGAUAAGGCUGCCAGAGUUCAUCAGCUUCUGCUUGAAAUGGCACCUGCUUCAAUUGUUCCACUGAUUGGUCUGCGGCAUUAUCAGCGAUCAGUUUCAGACCUCUUCAGCUUUGUACAGUCACAGGUGUGUGUAAAGCAGCUGGCGCAUGCACUAAUGGAGGUGGUCAUUCUAGCCCUGUUUCCAGAGCUGCACGUUGUGGUUGCUGAGAUUCGCCAUGGCCUUAUUUAA